CGUCUGUAAAAUGGGAUUGGUGAGAGGGCUCUCAGGAUGAGAUGGUUAAUGUAAAGCUCUAAAUAUAGUUAGUGCUUAGCACCUCAGAAGUACUUAGCAGAUGCUUACUGUUACUGUUUCCUCUGCUCAGUGACUACUUGAGCCAAGUGCUGGUGAGUCUUUUUCCAACAUUUCAGUUGAGAGGUCCAGAGGAAUAUUUUUCUGGGAAGUGUUGAUCAUGUUGAUCACCUUUUGUUAGUAUGUAAAAUGGUCACUCUUGAAAGAAUGCAGGAAGUGGGCUUUAAGAAUUGGGUUUCUCAGAGACUGCCAGUGAAUUCGAGAUGAAAGCAUACUUCUCUGGAAUUUAGCUAUAUUUUAGUUACAAUUCUGGAAUUAAUAGGUGAAAUGGGUGUAAAUAUCCAGCCCCUCCUGACUUUCUGAGCUUUAGGCUUGAGGAAAAUGUGGACAACAUAACUACUUCACAGUGUCUAUUUAAAAGAUUCUUAAAAAAAAAAAAAAGAUUUCUUGUUUUGAUAGUGACAAUUUCAAGUAUGCUGAAAAGGACAGAAGACAAUAUGACACCCUCUACCAGUCACCAAGAUUUAACACAUAUUAACAUGUUACCGUGUUUGUUUCACAUCUCUGCCUAUGGAACUCUAUUUUAAGAAUCUCUCAAAGCAAAAGAAACAAGUCAUGGAGAAGAAUGGGAAUAACCGAAAGCUUCGGGUUUGUGUUGCGACUUGCAACCGUGCUGAUUAUUCGAAACUUGCCCCGAUCAUGUUUGGCAUUAAAAUGGAACCUGAGUUCUUUGAACUUGAUGUGGUGGUACUUGGCUCUCACCUGAUAGAUGAUUAUGGGAACACAUAUCGCAUGAUUGAACAAGAUGACUUUGACAUUAACACCAGGCUACACACGAUUGUUAGGGGGGAAGAUGAGGCAGCCAUGGUGGAGUCAGUAGGCCUGGCCCUAGUGAAGCUACCAGAUGUCCUUAAUCGUUUGAAGCCUGAUAUCAUGAUUGUUCAUGGAGACAGAUUUGAUGCCCUGGCUCUGGCUACUUCUGCUGCCUUGAUGAAUAUCCGAAUCCUUCAUAUUGAAGGGGGAGAAGUCAGUGGGACCAUUGACGAUUCUAUCAGACAUGCCAUAACAAAACUGGCUCAUUAUCAUGUGUGUUGCACCCGAAGUGCAGAGCAGCACCUGAUAUCCAUGUGUGAGGACCAUGAUCGCAUCCUUCUGGCAGGCUGCCCUUCCUAUGACAAACUUCUCUCUGCCAAGAACAAAGACUACAUGAGCAUCAUUCGGAUGUGGUUAGGUGAUGAUGUAAAAUCUAAAGAUUACAUUGUUGCGCUACAGCACCCUGUGACCACUGACAUUAAGCAUUCCAUAAAAAUGUUUGAAUUAACAUUGGAUGCGCUUAUCUCAUUUAACAAGCGGACCCUAGUUCUGUUUCCAAACAUUGAUGCAGGGAGCAAAGAGAUGGUUCGAGUGAUGCGGAAGAAGGGCAUUGAGCAUCAUCCCAACUUCCGUGCAGUUAAACACGUCCCAUUUGACCAGUUUAUACAGCUGGUUGCCCAUGCUGGUUGUAUGAUUGGGAACAGCAGCUGUGGAGUACGAGAGGUUGGAGCUUUUGGAACACCUGUGAUUAAUCUUGGAACACGUCAGAUUGGAAGAGAAACAGGGGAGAAUGUCCUUCAUGUCCGGGAUGCUGAUACCCAAGACAAAAUACUACAGGCACUGCAUCUUCAGUUUGGCAAACAGUACCCUUGUUCAAAGAUAUAUGGGGAUGGAAAUGCUGUUCCAAGGAUUUUGAAGUUUCUCAAAUCUAUUGAUCUCCAAGAGCCACUGCAAAAGAAAUUCUGCUUUCCUCCUGUGAAGGAGAAUAUCUCUCAAGAUAUUGACCAUAUUCUUGAAACUCUAAGUGCCUUGGCUGUUGAUCUCGGUGGGACAAACCUCCGAGUUGCAAUAGUCAGCAUGAAGGGUGAAAUUGUCAAGAAGUAUACUCAGUUCAAUCCUAAAACCUAUGAAGAGAGGAUUAAUUUAAUCCUACAGAUGUGUGUUGAAGCUGCAGCAGAAGCUGUAAAACUGAACUGCAGAAUUUUGGGAGUAGGUAUUUCCACGGGUGGCCGGGUAAAUCCUCGGGAAGGAAUUGUGCUGCAUUCAACUAAACUGAUUCAAGAAUGGAACUCUGUGGACCUCAGGACCCCCCUGUCUGACACUUUGCAUCUCCCUGUGUGGGUGGACAAUGAUGGCAAUUGUGCUGCCCUGGCGGAAAGGAAAUUUGGCCAAGGAAAGGGCCUGGAAAACUUUGUGACACUUAUCACAGGUACAGGAAUUGGCGGGGGUAUCAUCCAUCAGCACGAAUUGAUCCAUGGAAGCUCCUUCUGUGCUGCAGAACUUGGCCACCUUGUUGUGUCUCUGGAUGGGCCUGAUUGUUCCUGUGGAAGUCAUGGGUGUAUUGAAGCAUAUGCCUCUGGAAUGGCCUUGCAGAGGGAAGCAAAAAAGCUACAUGAUGAAGACCUGCUCUUGGUGGAAGGGAUGUCAGUGCCAAAAGACGAGGCCGUGAGUGCAGUCCAUCUCAUCCAAGCCGCAAAACUUGGCAACGUGAAGGCCCAGAGCAUCUUGAGAACAGCUGGAACGGCUUUGGGUCUUGGGGUUGUGAACAUCCUCCACACUAUAAAUCCUUCCCUUGUGAUCCUCUCUGGAGUCCUAGCCAGUCACUACAUCCACAUCGUCAAAGAUGUCAUCCGCCAGCAAGCCUUGUCCUCGGUUCAGGAUGUGGACGUGGUAGUUUCGGAUUUGGUGGAUCCCGCCCUGCUCGGUGCCGCCAGCAUGGUUUUGGACUACACAACUCGCAGGAUCUGCUAGGCCUCCCGGGAGGGGACAUGGACCAAGACUCAGAACUUCUUCGUGGAAUCAGGUUGUCUUUUAGAUGAGCGUUUCUUACAAAGCAAAUUUGGUAUUUAGCAGGUGACUUCAGCAGUUAAGUUUUUGCUUUUAGUCUCCUCUUCCAAAGUCACUUUUCCCAACCCGUUUUGGUAGAUGCUGCUCUUUCUGGGGUCAUUUUAGCUCAAACCCUGUAAGUACCAGUCACAAUUUUCUGUGCCAAAGGAGCUGUGAUAGUAGACAAGGAAGCCUUAGGACUCUGCUCACCAGACGUACCACUUAGACCUGCAGGCCUUGCUUGAGAUGGGACCUUGAUAACUGGAGUUUGGAUUAUUAAUCCUUCCUACUCUGACCUUAAACUCAGAUUGCAGAAAGGGAUCCAGUCAGGAAACAGAAGGAAAUCUCACCGUGAAUGGCUAAAGUAAACUUUUUUAAAAACAGCUUUACUGAGAUAUUUUUAAAAGUGUACAAUUUGGUAAGCUUUGACAUAUGUAUAUACCUGUGAAACCAUCACCACAAUCAAGACAUUGGACAUACCUGUCACCUCCAAAUGUCAUUUGCUUAAAGAUGUUAUUUGCUACUACUCUUGGAGAGUCUUGAGCAACUUUAGGGAUCUGAAUUACAGUGGCUUUAAGUGACCUUGUCCUUAUCUUCUUAAGGACAGCUGAGAAGCCACUAGGACUUAACAGCCUCUGAAAGGAGAUUAACCAUCCCCAAAAGAUCUUCGCUAUGGACAAACACCUCUCCCUUCAAUAACUUUUCAUGCUAAUGUUGAGUAUGACCCUGGAGUAUCUCCUAAGGCAGCGUUUGUGGAGCCCGUAUCUGUGAAUCUGGAUUCUGGCGAAAUAUGAUUUUGUGCUUUCAUUGGUGUCUAGAUACAAAGGCUAGGGUUCUUGCUAUCAAUUUCAACCUGGAAGAAAUACAAAUACCCACCAUUUAUUAAGUGCCUACUGUGUGCCAGGUUCUGAACUAGGUGCUCCAUAUACGUUAUUCUAAAUUCUCACAACCUGGGAGGUAGGUGUUUUAAUUUCCAUUUUAUACAACCGCAAAUUAAGUCUUGGCGCGUUUAAGUGAUGGCACCUAAAGCUGUGUGGCUAGUGACUCUCAGAAACAGGAUUUGCUCCCAGGUCCAUCUGUGCUUUUCUGCUAAGCCACACAACCCCUCAAAUAAAAACCUUGCAGAAGAUACCUAUAUCCUAAUUUAGUUCAGACUAACAACAGCUUUAAUAAGACUGUCUCAUUAGCAGAUGACUCAAUUUGUCUUUGAUGCUGUUCCUCAGUGAUAAAUUUAAUCAAAUAUUCUUCUCUGCUGUGGACAUUUUGCCAAUACAGUAUUUUGUCUAGUGACAGGUUUUUAUGGGUACUUUCAGAUGAUCUAAGAAAGCAUAUGCAUGUUUUUCAGAUUCUUAUUUUAGGACAACCAGAAAGUUUCUAUUGUUUCAGUGUUAGCAUACAAAAUAAAGUGUGAAAGAAUCAAUA